GACAUAUACACACAUACACAUGCACAUGCUACAUUUUAUUAUAUAUAAGAGUAACGCGCUAGUAAACCCUAAACGGGCCUACGUCACGUUAAAUAAACCUUCACAUUAAGUAAGUAUAAAUACCUGAUUUGAGCUACAGAAGAUAAGAAUUGUUGCAGUCGGCUGCAACUGACUGCGUAAUACUCGUGCACAGCUCACAAUAAGCUACCCUCAAAAAUGUUUAAUAAAAUAGAUAUCUUUAAAUCGAUCUUUGGGGCAGCUUGUUGUCAACCACUACUCCACUCCAGCCCUAAAGCUGUGAACUUUCGAGGAGCUUGUCGUCAGUCUUCAUUACAAAUUUUGCCAUUCUGGCUCCAAAGCUGUGAAAGAUACAGAGUUUUCCGAUGAUGACGCUAAGCUCGCUUGCUGACGCUUGCGAUUCUCAACAAGUUAAAGUUUCGUAAAGGGAAUACAGCGAUUGAACCGAUGGGUUUCAAUAUCCAUGCAACUCCAAGCAGAACCUUUAACAUUUUGUUUUUUAAUUGAAUGUACCUUUGCUAAUUUGAAUUUGUCAGCAUUAUAUAUUAUAACUGAUUAUUAAAUUCGUAUACAAUUACAAUUAAUUCUGCUAAAAAAAAUUGAAAACUGAGCUGACUCGAAUUUCAUUUUCACAGAGCUACAUUUUUUGAAUACACUUAUAAAGAGUAUAUUAACAUUGUCAUAAAAUAUGCAAAGCGUCGACAUUGAAUACAAAGAUACUUUUAAUCGGACUUUAUCUAUAGAUUAUAUGUAGCAAAUCUGAUUUGGUUGAUAGAUAGAUAGAUAAAUAUUAGUUAAAGAGUUAGUUUGGUCGAAAACUAAGUUAUUGUUUGAGUUAAUUCGAUCGAACCCAGCAUUUAUUAGUUUUCCUACGCUUCUUAUAUGUAAGACAUAUCUUAUUAAAUCGCACUUCCAUAACUCAAUGGGAAGAAUGUAAAUGAAUUUUAAGAAUAUCUUCACUAACUCAACAAUUAGGCGCUUUACUUAAGCGCAAGCCAUAGUUCCAGAAGGAUAUUUAAUUUUCGGCAUGCUGUUGCGUUCCUUCCGGUUCUUUUCCUGUUUUUAGCUAUAAUUUAUCAUAGAUUUUUUGCGACUCGCGCUAGCCACGUUUUUCGAUGUUUGGGCUAUUAAACAAAUGAGCUGCACAUUUAGCCAUUCCAGCAAGUUGGCCAUUUAUCAGUGUCAGCACGUGGCAACGCUGAAAUUCCACGACAGGAUUCAGUUGCGCCAUGUCCUCGCUAACGGUUACACUGCGCGUGCUGGCCGCGCUAGCCACAAUUGUCGGUUGCAACGUCUACAGGUUUAUGCCGCACAGUUGCACGUUCCGGCGUCGGCCGAAUAUGCAACGUCUGAUCUCGCUGAUGCACAGCGUCUGGCUGCGUCCGUGGAUAUUCAUUGCCAGCUAUUUGCAUGCGAGAUUUUUUAUUCUACAUUUUCUGCUGACCAUCUCGGAGAAUGUGGCAGAUAAUGAUAAGGCCCUAACGUUGGUGUAUUAUCUAAGUGCCCUGGCAAUGAAAUAUCAGAAUAUAAUCGCAUCCAUUUUUAUCACAUAUAUUUAUAAGUAUCAUCUGAAGAACAUUGAGCGGACUCUCAAUGAGUUUGCGAAUAUUUAUCAGCGAUUUAUAAGACGCUUUGGCCAUGCACCGCGCAUCAAUUGGUGGCUCUUUAUUGUUUAUUUUACGGAAUGGUUUAGUCUUGCAAUUCCGGUCCUCCGGCCAAGUGGUUUCACUCGAGUACCCUAUGUGGGCGAGAAGUCGCCGAUGAACACCUUUCUGAGCUGUUCAGCUGUGCUCUUUGUCAGCCUGCAGCCAUUCUUUUUGUCCCUGCUGGCGCACUUGGGAUUUUUGCUGCUGCACGGAUACUACGAGAAGGAGCACCAGCUGCUGCUGCAAUCUAAACAACCACGCACAGAUGAUGUUCAUGAGGAGCUAUUGGAAAACUAUGUAGCCUUAAUGAAACUGAGACAACACUUUGAGCUGCUGUUGCGUCCAUUUGUGUGUGUUGGCAUGUUUUCGGAGCUGAACAGUUGCAUGUGUAGCUUCCACCUACUGCUGUAUGAUAAACAUAAAUUGGGCUAUCUGCUCUAUACAAUUCUCGGUGCUCUGAUAUAUCCCUUGUGCUUUGUAUACCAGAGCCAGUUCAUCAAAUCGGUUGAGCAACAGUUUGGGCAUGAAUUGCUCAGAUUUAAGAACAAUGGCAGGCGACAAAAGCAGGUCAGUUCGAAAUGCAAAAUGCAUGUAUUAUCGCUAAGGUUGGCUAGUUGAUAUUCUCUUUUGCAGCUACAAAUCUUCUGUCAUUACAAAUUGGUCUCUUAUUACACCUUGGAUCGCAGCAUGUUUAAUA